ACAGGUGAAGGACGCAUGUGCGAAGCCUUCAUCAUCUUCAUCUGCUCUGAUUCUCCUCAUUAGAGUCUGGGAGUCUGCGGAGCAUCAUCACAGGAGACAUGAGAUCCUGCUGCGUCUGCCUGGUGUGUUUUGUGGUGUGUGUGAUUGGAUGGCAUGACCUGGAUAACAGCGAGUAUGACUGCUGGCCGCUGGACAGACCUGACGAGCUCAACAUGAUCGACUGCGGAGGUCUAGAGAUGGCGUGGGUUCUGCGUCCUCCAGAGAAGGUUCUGAGUGGUGAAGAUUUCUCAGUGAUUUACUCUGUGACUGUCAGAGAUGAGUUUUAUCAGUGGGCCAUCGACAAUGACAUCUUCAAGCACCGGUCCAUCACAGAUCCAGCUGAAGCCAGACGCUUCUGUGAGCAGCACGAGUGUCCCGUCGACUGGAAGGACGCCAACGGAGAGAACUGCUGCAUCCAUCACGCUAACAUCCACUCCUGCCCGAUGGGGUUCAUGAAACAAGCAGAAGAGAGAAUCUGUGGGCCCUGGAUCCCAGACGACGGACGGAUAUUCACACACACCAUCUCCACUUCAGGAAAAAUGACCCAGGCCAACUGGAGCGCCAAGGUGGUGUUGUUUCAUGAGGGACUGACGUCUCUGAUCGCUCACAUUCGUGUGGGAAACAUGCAGGUGGCGCUGGAGGCCAAGAGCACCGUCCUUCCUGCUAUCAUGUGUGGUGACGGUCUGUGUGAGGAAGAAGAGAGCUGCUCCACGUGUCCGGCCGACUGUGGAGACUGUCCUCUGAGCUCUGCUGCUCGAGCUGCUAUCGCCCUCACGGUCACCACCAUCAUCAUCAGCUUCAUCAUCAGCGCUAUGUGGUUUAAAUAUCAUAAACAGAAGCUCUUCUGGGACGAGAGCUGGAUCAUUGACCUCAAUCACAUUAAACAGGAUUAUAUUGCCCGAGCGACGAUGGGCAGCAUCAUGAGCGUCCCAGCGGCCAACAGCGACUCUAACGCCAGCUGUGUGACGGCUCUGAGCUCCUACACGGGCGUCACCACGUCACGCAAACAACUCUACACACAGACCGGCAUCUAUGAUGGACGAACCGUUGCAAUCAAGAAAAUCAAAACAAAAACCUUUUCCCUAUCGAAGACAAUUCGCCAAGAAGUGAAGCAAGUCAGGGAGCUGGAUCAUCCCAACCUCUGUAAGUUCUUUGGAGGUUGUGUGGAGGUUCCCAACGUCGCUAUAAUAACAGAGUACUGCCCUAAAGGAAGUCUGAACGACGUUCUGCUCAACGAUGAGAUUCCCUUAAAUUGGGGCUUCAGGUUCUCCUUCGCUACAGAUAUCGCUCGCGGGAUGUCGUACCUGCAUCAGUUUAAGAUCUGCCACGGACGACUGAAAUCAGCCAACUGUGUGAUCGAUGACCGCUGGGUGUGUAAGAUCACAGAUUACUGUCUGUGGACGUUCCGGCGUGAGGAGUGCGCCGAGCCGCUCACCACCUACCAGCAGAGACUGAAGGAGGUUUACACGCCGCCCGAGGCCCAGAGCGGCGACCAGGAGCCCACGCUGUCUGGAGACGUCUUCAGCUAUUCUAUCAUCUUACUGGAGAUCGCCACCCGGAACGACCCAGUGCCGGCGGAGGACAGCUCUCUGGAGUGUGGCUGGUGUCCUCCGCUGCCGGAGCUGAUCUCAGGGAAAGCUGACAGCACCUGCCCGUGUCCUACUGAAUACGCUGAGCUGAUUCGCCGAUGCCGUGCUCAUAACCCCGCCCACCGGCCCACCUUUGAGCAGAUCCGCAAGUUUGUUCACAGAAUCAACCCACACAAAGUCAGUCCUGUAGACAUGAUGAUGGAGCUGAUGGAGAAGUACAGUAAACAUCUGGAGGUUCUUGUUGGUGAACGGACUCAGGAUCUGAUGCUGGAGAAACAGAAGACCGACAGACUGCUUUACAGUAUGCUGCCUAAACAGGUGGCUGAUGAUCUGCGUCAGGGCAAACCUCUACAAGCCCAGAGUUACGUUAGUGCCACCGUGUUCUUCAGUGAUAUCGUGGGCUUCACACAGCUGUCCAGCACUAGCACUCCUUACCAGGUGGUGGACUUCCUCAACAAACUCUACACCACGUUUGACGAGAUCAUCGACAACUACGAUGUGUAUAAAGUGGAAACCAUCGGCGACGCAUAUAUGGUGGUGUCCGGCGUGCCGCGAGAGAACGGGAUUCUGCACGCGUCGGAGAUCGCCAGCAUGGCUCUGGACCUGGUGUCCGUCUGCAAGACCUUCAGAAUCCCCCACAGACCACAAACCCAGCUGCAGAUCCGCGCUGGAAUACACUCAGGGCCGGUCGUCGCAGGGGUCGUGGGAACUAAGAUGCCCAGAUACUGUCUGUUUGGAGACACGGUGAACACGGCGUCCCGUAUGGAGUCCACCAGCGAAGCGCUGAAGAUCCAGUGCAGCUCCAGCGUGUUUUACCUGCUGGAGGAGAUCGCUGGGUAUGUGCUCACCUGCAGAGGAGUCUUACAGGUCAAGGGUAAGGGUGAUAUGGUGACGUACUGGCUGGAAGGAAAGCGCUCCUCGGCUCCCGUCAAAGACUCCAGGAGACCCGUGAUGCUGCCGGAGACGCCCGCCGAUGAUUACUCCAGUAUCCCAGGAGUCCCCAGCGGCUCCGACGGCGCCGACCUGCUCCCUGACCCCUGACCCCUGACCCCUGUGGAGACACAGGUGUGUGUUUAGCACCGCAGACGGCCUUUAGUGUAGCCGCUGUUUAUGUAGGGCGGUGGAAUAGACUUACUUUAACCCAAAGUGUAUUUUUAGCUGUGUUUGUGACUUCAGAACUACAGAGCCGUAAAAGUACUAGAUUACAUAGAGUCAUGAAUUAGAAAUAAAAACAAUAAGUGGCAUAUCGGCAUCAUUUAAAUGCGUCCUUUCAAAGAAAUUCACACUCUUAUUCAUCGAGGCUGCAUUAUAUUAAUCAAAAAGACAUUUAUAAUGUUGCAAAAGAUUUCUGUUUCACACAAACGCCGUUUUUUUUAACUUUCUAUUCAUCUGUGAAUCCUGAAAAGUCACCGUUUCCACAAAAACACUGUGCAGCACAACUGUUUUCAACACUGAUGAUAAUAUGCAUCAGAAAAACAGCUCAUUAGUCUGAUUUCUGAAGAUAUCGUGACGCCGAAGACUGGAGUAAUGAUGCCGAAAAUCACAGAAAUAAAUCACACUUUAACACACAUUCACUGAGAAAACAGAUGAUCUACAUUAAAAUAAUAUUUAGCAAUUUUUAUAGUAUUUUUGAUCAAAUAAAUGCAGAAGAGACUUUCGAAACUAAAAUGUGCAACGCAAAAAAAGACAUUCAGACACACUUAAACACACACACACACACGUAAAUGAAAGCGUGGUGAAGGUUACAGAGAGAAUUAGAGCUCAGCUGCUGAUCUGAAUGAGAAGCUCUUCAGAAGAACGUGUGUGUGUGUGUGUGUGUGUGUGUUUAAUUAGGACGAGCUCCGUCACUCAUGUGUCGACUGCAGCUGAUGCACGACAUCAUAAAUCAUACCACGCAUGAUGCAUGUCCGCGAUGCUUAGAAAAUAAAAUCAACUUAAUAACCUAAACACGGUGUGUGAAGUUCUUGUUUAUAGAUCCGUUUAAAUCAGCGACGCUGGGAAA